UGGUGGUGAAAGUCACGAUGUUCUCGGUGGAGCACCUGUUUGUGCGUCGGCCGUCAGUGUCAGGGACAAGUAUAAGUAGUGUCCAUCAUCCCUCGUUACAUGAACAUAAUUCUCAAUAAGACACAAAGGAAUCAAAUAAUUCGCACUAAUCCACAGUCACCGAUAUCCUUCUUAGUCCCCAAAGACAGACGACAGUAUGAAGUUCUCUCUCCCUCAGAUCUUGCUCACCGCAAGCACUGCUAGUGCUGCGUUUACAUACGAAAGACUUAACAAGAAUGACUCGCUUCUCUUGAUUCUUGACCUCCAGGAAGGUCUAUAUCAGGUUGCGCGAGAUUUUGACCACACGCUUUUCAAAUCGAACAUGUAUGCCCAUGCCGAGCUUGGGCGCCUCUUCGACCUGCCUGUGAUCAUGACAACAUCAGCAGAGACUGGUCCCAACGGCCCUUUGCCUGGCGAGUUUUUGGAGUGGUACCCCGAUGCGCCUCUCAUCAAGCGCAAUGGCGAAGUCAAUGCUUGGGAUAACACCGACUUCCGCCAGGCCAUUCAGGCCGCGAACAAGUCGCAGAUCAUCUUGGCUGGAAUCACUACUGACGUUUGCACGGCAUUCCUGGCACUCUCCCUCAUCGACGCCGGCUACAGCGUCUGGGCCAACGUGGAGGCGUCUGGGACUUCCACGGAGCUCAUCCGCGACACGUCUAAUGACCGCAUGCGCGAGGCCGGCGUGAACGUCAUCUCGUACUUCCACAUCAUCUGCGAGCUGAUGCGCGACUGGCGCAACACCCCCGGUGCUACCGAGGUCAUCCCUGUCCUCGACAAAUACUACCCUGUUUACGGCGCUCUCGCGAGGGCGCAUCGCGCCGCUGUCAACAACGGCACAGUCCAACCCGGGGAGAUCAGUUUGCCCUAGAUUGAAGAUUCCCUAUCCAUCGAUGCAGAGCGGCAUGGCAUCAUAAGGUGGUGACGACGGUUGCUUGCAACAUAUCGCGGGUGAAAGGGUUCGGUGGUAUUCACUUCUUGGGUGACGCUUCCCU